AUGUCACAGACUCAGCUGCGAACACGGGCACACGCAGCUGUUGACUAUGAGGAACAAGCCCAGAAGCUCUCUCUAGAACCCUCGACGAACGGUGAAGAUCCCGAUGCAUCAGGUCAUGCGGUCGAAGCGAACUUCAUCACUCCCCUCGAUCCCGUUAUCGAGACUGCCGAUGGCAACAGGCUGCCAGCAGUUCCCGUCCAGGAAGCGCACAAGAUCAAUCUGCUGAAGAACCGUUCGGAAGGCCGAUCAUACCACCCUGUGCGGCCGAGAGGGUUAACGCGCUUUGACAGGCAGAACGCAGGGGUCGGCGCAGUCGACAGGAAUGAAUUGUUAAAGGACGACCAGGAAAGCGAGUCGAGUCGGCUAGAUGAGGCCAUCCCCGUCCUACAUACCCAUCCGCUCUUUCCGCCCCUGCCUCUAUACGGACCUCCUUCGCUGCUGCGCAAUCUGCAGUGCAUUUUCUUCCGCACAACAUCGGCUUUCCUGUCAACGGCAUUUCUCGCUGUUGUUGUCCUUGGAGCGAUCUUCACCUCGACACCCCACCUCAUCAGAUAUGUGUGGCUGUGGCUCACAUUUCGAGAUCCAGCCAAGCAGAGACCAUUCUACGAAGAAGAACACAGGCGUGCGGCGAUACGCAACGAGAAAGAGCAGGAAUGGAGCUCCCGGAAGAGGAAGCGCUCUGCAUCCGCCAAUAAUGAGACAAGAGAAUGCACAAGUCCGCCGGGAGACGAAUACACACCUCUAGAGGGAGGCCCGGACAAAUUGGUAUGCGACAUCAGAUAUUAUGCCCGUCGUGUCGGGCUCGAUGCCGAACAGUUCAAGGUGCAAACUGAGGAUGGGUUUAUCCUGACACUGUGGCAUAUCUACAAUCCGAACGAGUACAAGCCUAAAGCAGAUUCGGGCAGAGAGCCUGAUUCUCCCGUCGUUUUCUCAAAAUCCCAAGAGGACCUCCAGCCACAUAUUCCCAAACAGUAUCGCGACGGUGAUAGGAGGUAUCCGGUACUCUUAAUGCACGGCCUGUUACAGAGCGCUGGAGCUUAUUGCUCAAACGACGACGACAGCCUGGCAUUCUUCCUUUGCAAAUCUGGAUACGACGUGUGGUUGGGUAACAACCGGUGCGGCUUCGUACCUGAGCACAGUCUUCUGAAAUACCAUGACCCGCGUAUGUGGGCAUGGAACAUGCGACAAAUGGGAGUGAUGGACCUACCUGCGCUCAUGUCCCGCGUUCUUGAGGAGACCGGAUUUGAGAAGCUUGGCCUGGUCUGUCACAGUCAAGGAACCACGCAGACGUUUGUUGCGCUGGCAAAGGAGCAACGCCCGGAUUUGGGAGACAAAAUUAGCGUCUUUUGCGCGCUCGCUCCAGCAGUCUACGCUGGGCCUCUGAUCGGGAAGAUGUAUUUCAAAUUUAUGCGCGUGAUAUCGCCAGCGAUGUUCAGAAUUUUCUUCGGUAUUCACGCCUUCAUUCCGUUAAUGAUGGCAAUGCACCGCACGUUACCUGGCAAACUCUAUGGCGCGAUGGGCUACCGAGUCUUCUCAUUCCUGUUCGACUGGACCGAUACACGAUGGGAUCGUGGUCUCCGGGAUCGACUGUUCCAGUUCUCCCCGGUCUACGUCAGUGCCGAAAGCAUGCGAUGGUGGCUGGGACGCGAGUGCUUCGCAAGACAGAAGUGCAUCCUUGCAACGCGAGAAGACUGGCAAACGGAGGAUGUGGAGGAUGAGGAAAGGGAAGAAAGCCGCGAACGGGCGAUGUCUCGAAGUUCCGAUCGUGGCCAAACGGCUUGGUAUGAUGAACAUGUCCCUCCUAUAGCACUCUGGGUGGCGGGGAGCGACGAACUUGUCGACGGCAGGAGACUUCUCAGGAGGUUCGAACGUGGUCGCGAGCCCCAUGUCCAAGUGGUGCAUAGCAAGGUUAUUGAGGAGUACGAGCAUCUCGAUGUCAUUUGGGCAUUGGACUCCAUAGAGCAGGUCGGCAAGGAAGUUCGACAGGUGCUCUGGCAGACGAUGCCGGAGGGAGCGAGGCGCAUAUGCAGGAAGGUGUCUGGGGUUGACGAUGUGGUGGAGGCGAGAGAUCAACGCUCAGAAGACCGACAUUAG